AAAGAAUUCUUUAUCCUGAUUGGUCCAUGCAAAGCAUCUAGCUUUACCUGCAUCAAGAAAAAUUGUCAUGACUAUUCUUUCUGAUGGCUUGAGUGGUUGAAUGUGUUGAUAAACACACUUGAGAAUUAAUUUAGUCGGAUGUACUUUGAACUUAAUUAUAUCACAUAUGUGAAGUAGAGAUUGAAUGUCAAAGUACCAGAUAGGAGACAUUUAUGAUAUAUUUCCCAGUCUUUAAUUUGCAAAUUUGGAUUCAACAACACUCAAUUUUAACUCUGUCGUCAGACAAAUCCACGUAUAUACUUUUCGAGUGCCACAACCUACAUUUAAUACAACGUUAACAUAUUGUAAAAACUUAAAAAAAUGAUUAACACAGGGAAGUUGGCUGGUCGCACUAUUUUUAUUACAGGAGCUUCAAGAGGUAUUGGAAAAAGUAUAGCAUUGAAAGCAGCAAAAGAUGGUGCAAAUAUUAUUAUAGCUGCGAAAACUGCUCAACCGCAUCCAAAGCUACCGGGUACUAUUUACACAGCAGCUAGUGAAAUUGAAGCGGCUGGUGGUAAAGCUUUACCUUGCAUUGUGGAUGUGCGUGAUGAAGCACAAGUGAUUGAUGCGGUGGAAAAUGCUGUCGCAAAGUUUGGCGGUAUAGAUGUUUUAGUGAAUAAUGCGAGCGCUAUUUCUUUAACGGGUACCCUCACAACUGAAAUGAAAAGAUAUGACUUGAUGAAUAAUAUUAAUGCUAGAGGAACUUUUCUUGUAUCAAAAGUUUGCAUACCAUAUCUGAAAAAAAGCUCAAAUCCGCAUAUUGUUAACAUAAGUCCGCCACUAAAUAUGAAACCAAUUUGGUUUAAAAAUCACGUUGCAUAUACAAUGGCCAAAUAUGGAAUGUCUAUGUGUGUUCUUGGUAUGGCGGAGGAAUUAAAACCUGAUGGCAUUGCAGUUAAUGCUGUUUGGCCAAAAACAGCUAUAUAUACUGCUGCGAUGGACAUGUUAACAGGUUCAGAUUCGAGUGAUGUUUGCCGAAAACCAGAAAUUAUGGCAGACGCGGUUUAUGCCUUGCUUUGUAAAGAUAGUAAAUCUACUACUGGCGAGUUUUUGAUUGAUGAAAACAUAUUAAGAAACGAGGGCAUUACUGAUUUUACAAAUUAUGCAUGUAAUCCAGCAAACAAGGACAAGUUAAUGAUGGAUUUCUUUUUGGACGAUGAUAACAAUACUUUGAACAUCGAAAAUAAGAAACAAAAUUCAGACAAAACAAAUAAUAAUGAAGUGGGACAGAUGGAACGUAUAUUUAUUGCAAUUAAUCAACAUUUAGAUAAUGAUCUAGUAAACAGAACUAAUGCAAUAUAUCAAUUUAAUGUAAAAGGAAAAGAAGCUGGUGUAUGGUAUCUAGAUUUAAAAAAUGGAAAGGGUGCAACUGGAAAAGGAGAACCAAGUCAACCAGCAGAUGCAAUACUUACAAUGGAUUCAGAAAAUUUCUUUGCCAUGUUUUCAGGUAAACUAAAACCAGCUGCAGCAUUUAUGACAGGCAAGUUGAACAUUAGUGGAAAUCUGCAGAAAGCAUUAAAAUUGGAAAAAUUAAUGAGCAAUUUGAAAUCUAAAUUGUGAAAUGGAAAUACGAUAUAACGUUGUUGAAGAAUAUCACAUAUUUUAUAUUUUUGUAUAUGAUAAUAUAGAAAAUGUUUCAAUAAUUUUUUUUUUAAAUAAGCAUUAAAAUGUAUUUUGUAUAAGCGCAUCACAUUUGCAACUUCUUCCAUAAAACUUAGGCAAGCAUAUGUUAAGUCAAUUGCAUCUUUGACUAAAACUUGUUUGCCUAAUUUUGGCAUUAAUAUUUCUUUAACAAAAAUUUCCUUUUAAACGUCAUUUUUUAUUUUAUAAAUGCUUAAUUCAAAAAAUUAUUUAUAACCAACUUUUAAUAGUCUUGUGAAAAAGUUUUGUAUGAAAUAAAGUUUAAAAUUUUGUUUCUAAAUUAUCAAAACUUACUAAAAACACUAAUCGUUUAAUUUUCAAUUCGAAACUACUAUUAUUUUAAUAUUUUUCUCAAAGAAAUAUUGAUUCCAACUCGAGGUUAUAAUAAUUGUUCAAAUGUAAAUAUAAAAAACUAAAUGCAAAUUGCUAUAAAUUUGUACUAUAUUAUAAUAUUAAUAUCAGUAUUUCUGGUUAACUUACUUGAUUGUUUCUAUCUUUGCAUCUUUGUAUUUUAGAAAUUU